AUGGGAAUCUCACCAGAAAGUGUUGGGACCUUGGAUCCAUGGAGCUCAGACGAAGUUGCUCAAGGUUUCCGCAUUACUCGACUCGAGGAUGUUCCGGAAUGGUCUCCUCAGCAGGGUAAGGUGGAACCAGGAGAACUGUACAGACAGACGAUCUGCAAAGCCGACAAUAUUAUGAGAGCUGGCAAGCAGAAAGUUUCAUCAUAUUCUCCAUUUAUGGCAUUUUCAUCAGUUGAGAAUACCGAAGUACCACUAAAUCAUGCAGCGCUCUCCAAGGCCUUGGAAAACGCCUUUAUUAGGAAUCUCACGGACAAUGGAGAUGGGCUGCAGUAUGUCGUCUAUCUGACAAACAGCUCCGACCGACGAGCGGCUUUGGGACUACCUGGAGAAGUACUUUCUGUUCACCAGAAGGCAAUUUUGAGCAUUACCGAAACAUUCACCUGCUUGCAGAGAAAAAUAAUGAACCUGCAAUCCAUCAAUGUCUUGUGGUAUGGCCAUUCCAUAGUAUGGUUGAUUGUUUCUCCUCGGCAUUCCCACAAAUUGGAGGCUCGCAUUGCACAUGAGAUACAGCAGCUACCUACUUGCAACCAGUUCGGCUGCCACGACGAAUGGAUUAUACCCAUCUCGAAGUUGAUUGACUGGGGAAUAGAUUACAAAAUCUUCACGCAAUCUCCUGGAGAGGUGGUCAAAACUGACUAUGGGGUUUACAGCAUGAAAUGGACCACUGGACCCAGCUUGGAGGAAAGUCUGACCAGUUGUGAGAAAGACUGGUUGCACCCUCCACUAUCUCAGACGUCUUGCCACCAGUGUUUGUUGAGAUCUCUGCCAGAGAAUAAUCCGGAAUUCAGAGAGUGCAACGUGAUUGAUAGUUGGGCUUCAACAGAGGUCUCCUUAGCCUCUGCUGGUUGCUGCGAGGGUCUCUACGGAGAGAGCAUCGCGUUUGAGCGAAGCAUGUCUGUGGAUGGAGAGGAACCGCCAUCACCAAACGUUAUGCCUGACCAAAUUGCACUUCUUCUUGCUGGGGCAUUCGAUGGACUAUUCGAUGAGGAUGACCUGGAGCAGGUGUUUGGCGACGCAGGUACAACCGUCCAUUCUAGUUUACAGGACUGCCGAAGCGACUCUGAAGGCUCUCUUGUUAGGGAUUCCCGAGAUUCUCUUGCCACCACAGUGGGUGAGCCCAUCAACACUCCCCCUACGGAUCAACUGUUGGCUCCUCCUAUCAUGAAUGGGCUCGGAGGCUCGGGUCAUGGCUACUUAACAGAUAUUGGGGCCCAAGGCCACCAGAAUGUGUCGGAUACUCAUCAAUCCCCAAUAAACCAUUUUGGAAGUGGCCUUGACGAUAAACAAAUCAGAUCUGAAGCCGGGGUUACUUCGAUAACGCAUGAUAUUGGCCUUGCUGGGAAUCUCUUUACAUCUCCAGAGAGGUCUCUGAGUUUGAUGGGGAGCAUUUCUCCUCCAGGAACGGACUUUGAGAGCGUCCAAGAGACUGAUGAUGAGCCAAUUGUCUCAGAAACAUCAGGGGUACCGUUGUCCGAAGCUUCUCGAGAGCUUGGAGAACUCGUAUCCUUGGGCCUUAGGCGCUCUGAGGAAAUCUCCUGGUUGUCUGGAAACGAGCCUGAUGCGGAAAAAGUGCUGACUACCUUUGGUUCAUCCAGGGGAUUGGACAGAUAUGCCGUGAUCGAAACCAUGCUUGCACUAACGUACGAGAAGGAGAACAUAUUUGUAACUGAUCUACAGACCUUUCAACUUGCCGUUGAGAAAUAUAGCGCAGGAGAGCCAUCUGAAUGGAAUCUGGAUGCCAUAAUCCUGAUUCCUGUGCAGAAGCAUGAGCACUGGUUCCUUAUCAGCGUAAACCUGCAAUUACGAUCGAUUUUCAUUCACGACGAUAAGGAAAGUGCCGACAAUCUCACUUUCCUCUCCUUCUCUGACAAAGAUCCAGGACGGUGGAGCUUGACGUAUAAAUCCACGCAAGGCGACAAUAGAAGAGACUCUGAAGUCACUUUGUUAUUCGAAGUCGAAUCUAUUUUGAACGCUGAAGCAGAGUACCAUCCAGAUCCUUGCCGUCUGAGGAUCAGGUAUCUGAGGUGCCUUUUGGAUCACAUUCUGCCGCAGAACAGACAAAUUCUGAUUCCAGACGGCGAACAUUGUGAUAUUGGAACAAUCAAGUCGACGAUGCCAAAUGAGAAACUAUUGGUUUGUCUUGCGUCUGCAAUCGGUAGCACGACUGUGCUUCAAGACUUUGCUAAAAUGGCAAGGUUGGUGUUUAAUGAAGAGACGAGAAAAGCUCGAAGUAACUUUGAGCCUGGGUCAAUGGUGAGAUUGUUCGAACGAGGUGGCGCUAAUAUGUAUCUCGGGGCAUUACAGAAGGACUUCUCGUCACUCUAUAUUGCUCGCCGUUUCAACUCUCUUGUGGCAGAACUCAAACGACAAAAAGCAAUGCAGGUGAAAACUGCCAAAUCACGAAGGAAGAAGAAAAUCCGGCAACAGUUGAAUGAGAGUAUGCGCUGCAUCACUGAAAAAAUUUCCACAGGCAGGAAAGGUGAAAACACGAAAACUCAGGCUUACAACAUGAUUCUCGAGGGCUGUGACCAAGCUGUGAUGCCAUCCAGGGACCCUACUAUCUGUAGGAGAUAUCUACAAGAGAUCAAGACUCGGGGAGACGUGAUAAUUCGGUAUGAGAGUGCUUGCGGAGAGAGAUAUCCAUUGUGGGCGCUGCUGCCUGCGCGAGAUAUGCCUUGUCCGAUCGACCCCAAUUUCAACAUAUCGCCACGGAUGUAUCGAAAAUUGCAAGCUACGGAAAUCUCGAUCAUUGUUGGCUUUGUCAAAGAAAGAAACCCUAACCUAUGGGAAUGCCUACCGAUAGUUGCUAGGGAGCUGGCCAAGAUUUCUCAGGACGAACCACCCGAUGUAAAAGUUAUCGAUGAGAUUAUUAGUUACAUCAUAGAGCUAUAG